AGAAAAAGAAAAAGAAACGGAAUCGGAAAAAAGUUGUGCUUAUUUUGCAGUGUUCCCAGUUACCGGCGAGUUUGGACUGGCCGCAAUCGUCGUCGCCAGCCUUCUGUGCUUCCGCCUCUGCCAGUCUACAGAGACCCGAAAUUAUCUCAAUUCCAACAUUCAAACAUUCGAUAUUGGUUUCUCCAAUUCAAUCUAAGAAAUCUGUGAUCCUCUCUCGAGUUGGGGUUUAUCUCAAAACCCAAAAUCAAACCCAAUCAUGGAGGCAUUGGCGUCAAACCCCCGAAGAAGCACUGCCUCCAACAAACAGCAACAAGAAGCGAAGAUUCCGAAACCCCAACGACCGAACCAAUUUCCAUCACACCGGGACGCGGUGCACGUGUCCCCAAAUGCGAGAAAACUGUGCGAGCUGCUGACGCGAACCCCUCCUAACGACAUCGAAACUGCCCUAACUAACUGUGGGAUCCGGCCUUCCCACGAUGAGGUCCACGAGGUCCUCGGGCUGUCCUACAGCGUGCCGUCGUCGGCCGUGAAGUUCUUCCGGUGGGCCGGGCAGCUUCAAAAGCACUCGGGCCAUGCCUGGAACUUGAUGGUGGACCUGUUGGGGAAGAACGGGGUGUUUGAGUACAUGUGGGACGCCAUCAGGUCCAUGAAGCAGCAAAAGCAGCUGGCAUUGCCCACCUUUGUCUCCGUUUUCGAGAGCUACUGCACUGCUGGCAGGUUCAAUGAAGCCUUUAUGAGCUUCGAUGUUAUGGACAGGUACGGCAUUCAGCCCGACGUUGUUGCCGUCAAUUCCCUCCUCAGCGCCAUCUGCCGCGAGGACAAUCAGACAACCGUCGCAUUGGAGUUCUUCCAUAAGAUCAAGGGCAAGAUUCCGCCCGACGGGGAUACUUUCGCCAUUUUGCUGGAGGGCUGGGAGAAGGAAGGAAAUGCCGCCAAGGCCAAGAGCACGUUCGGCGAGAUGGUGGUUAGAAUUGGUUGGGAUAGGAAGAACAUGGCUGCCUACGAUGCUUUCUUGAUGACAUUGGUUCGUGCAUUGCAGGUUGAUGAGGCUGUCAAGUUCUUGAAGGUGAUGAAGGACCAUGACUGCUUCCCAGGUUUGAAAUUCUUUACCAAUGCUCUUGAUAUUAUCAUCAAGCAAAACGAUGCGGCUAAUGCUGUCAUUUUGUGGGAUGUCAUGCUUGAGAGUGCCUUGGUAGUGCCUAACUUAGUAAUGUACAAUGCUGUCAUUGGCUUGCUUUGCAAUAACAAUCAGAUAGAUCACGCCUUUCGCCUGCUCGAUCAGAUGGCGUUUCAGGGUGUUUUCCCUGACUCCCUCACUUAUAACAUUGUUUUUGAGUGUUUGGUGAGGAACAAGAAGGUUCAUGUGGCCGAGAGGUUCUUCAACGAGAUGGUGAAGAACGAGUACCCGCCCACCAGUACCAACUGUACCUCGGCCAUUGCAAUGUUCUUUGAUCGUGAUGAUCCUGAGGCAGCGCAAUCGAUUUGGACUUACAUGGUUGAGAAUCAUAUUAAGCCGCUCAGUGAUGCUGCCAAUGAGGUGCUACUUGGUCUUUGUCAGCUGGGCCGGCUCUCGGAGGUGAAAAGGUCAGCGGAAGACAUGCUGGAUUGGAAGAUCAUGAUAUAUGAGUCCACAAUGGCAAAGUUGAAGGAUGCAUUCUAUAGAGAUAGUAGGACUGCGAGGGACAGAUAUGACAGUCUGUCCAGGAGGUGGAAAGCUCAUGGCAAAUUGUAAUUUAGACAAACCUUUUCUUUUUGUGUUGAACUUUUCAGUAUAUAGCCAUCACUGACUGAGAUAGUGUUAAAUGAGUUUUAUCCUUUCACUCCCUCGCAGUAAGCCUUUCCCUUUGAAAUUCUUUUGCAUCGGGAGUUAUUUUUGCUGUCUAUAGUCUUUUCUUCCAUUCAUAUUACAUGUUUAUGUUAAAUGUUUACAGGUGGUCAUUAUUCUUGAUUCUUCUGUCUUCUACAUGUUCAUGAGGUUGGUAUUUUUGAAGUUGGCAACAGUGCUACUUGAGAUGAACUUCAUUGAGGCUCCUGAAUUGUAGUUUCUUUGUGCGUGAGGAUUUUGAGUUUCCAUAUAUUAUGGAGUUACCAUAAUAUGAAUUGCUUUGUAUGAGUGAAUAAUUUGCUUUGAAAAUAACGUUAGUAUUUUAGCUGGAGGUUAAGUCUUCACCUCAAUGGUAGGGGGUGAUGACUUGUGAUGCGGUAGUCACAAGUUCAAAUGCUGGAAAUAAUCUCUCCACUUGUGGUAGUAAGGUUGCAAAUAGGCCUACCUUCCUUAAACACCAUCCACUGGGAAAACCUAAUGCUUUUACAGUUCUGCCCAGCUUUAUCUUUCACUUAUUCACACUCUGGUUCUCUGGCUUUUUUUUAUUUGUAUCACCCGUACAACCAUGGUGGGGUUUCUAUAUUUUCAUUCUCCAGCAAUUUCUCCCUCUUCUUUUGCUCAAAAUGCUUUAAUAUGUGAGCUUACCAAGCUUGGCAAUUUUGGUUGCCUUCCAUUACAGUUCAGAUUGCAGAAGUACUGUGAUCUAAUACUCAUGAAGUAUUAAGUUUUACAAAGGGGUAGCAGCAUAUCUGGUUACUAUUUGUUAUAUGGAAUUUUUACUAUUUAUAUGUGGAUCUUGAAUGCAAACGCCUCAUGUAUCAUGUCCUGUCAUUUUUGUUAUCACUUGGUGAUGCAAAUGGGGAACAUGGUAUUGAGGAUCCAACUUUUAUAGUUGAAGGAUAAAAGCUCCUUUAGUGGUCUGCAUGCCACUCUGAGGGUCUUGUUUUCUUUUAAGUUUGGCAAACUUAGAAGGAAAAGUUCAAUACCAGGUGGAUACCUUAGAUAUUGUUCUUCAAUUUGGAGAGAUCAUCAAUUUAUUUUUGCAAGUUUGCCAUGCUCUUGAAGAGAUUAAGAAUUGAUUGACAGGAGCAAUCUUUCUCCGGAGCCACAGGACUUAACAAUAGUCCUUGUCUCUGUUUUGGUUAGUUUGUCUUUAUCUUCCAUUUUUCUGAUCUUCAAUUACCUUUGAAAGUCGUCCACAAGAUUGUGCUGUAAAUGCCAAGCCCAGGCAGUUGUCAUUGCAAAUAUUUGACAAGCAUGAGCAGCAUUAGAUGGUCAACAGUUGGCACAAGGGUUGAUGUUUGAAUUCUCACAUUUUAUUCAAGGUUUCCUGUUUAGUUAUUCUUGUGAUUUGUGAAUGUUCGGAACGGUGAUCAUUCUUAUAAAAGCUUUACUUUUACCAAAUGUAAGCGUGAGGCACUAGUGCACUAAACUAAUGUUAAGUGCGGUCUGUUUAUUCGGUUUUCAGUAUCAAAUUAUGCACUGGAAUUAUCAGUGUUUGUACGAUGUUAUGGUUCUGUUCUAUAGUUCACACAUUCAUCGCUUAAUGCGUGCAGCUAUCAUUGUAAUGUAUGAUUGAAUAUGUAGUACAAACUUGCAAGCAAACUGUUAUUGGUUAGUAGUUACCUUGGUUUGUUCUAUUACACUGCACUUGUGAAAAAUUUCAUGGAUAAAGUUGAUUCGUUUCUAGACCUUAUUAAGGCUCCUCAUAGUUUGCGAAUCAUUCUGUUAGUUUU